CGACCAUAUAUAUAUAUAUAUAUCCCCGCAUCCAUUGCCCUUUUACAUGUAUCCAACACCAAGAUUCUUUAUUAUUUUAGCAGUUUAUCGAAAGGCCAACUUUAGCCAGCUCGAUCUUGGCCAGCUAGACUACAUCCGCUGUGUUUCAUUUUGCUUGGACGGAAUCCGCCUCGAGUUCGACGAUCCAUCCGACAGAGCGUCUACAACGCAGCACCAACUUUUGCAAGCAUCAUCAGUUGUUGGAUGCUAGAUGGAUGGAUGAAGGAGUCGAGUCAUUCCUUGUUGCCUUGCUCGUCUCCAUAAUCACAUUUUCGAUUCCAGCCUUUUGGAUCGACGGGGUAGCAGUGUUGUUGGUUGGUUGGUUGGUUGGUUGUGCUUAGCUACGAGGUAUUAGCUCGUUGACGAAGCCACCACAACGAGGGAAUCUUCUCUUGCAAAAGACGAAGCCACCACAACGAGGGAAUAUUUCUUGGGCUCAUUACAAUCUCACUUGGCGGUGUCUAAGGAAAGAUAAAACAAGACACAAGACAAUGACAGCCGCUCCUGCCGACUCGGAUCCUACCGAGCCUACUGGUAUCGUAAUGAUAGAUACCCACGUCCAGCAACUUCCCUCCUUGACGUCCACGGACCAUGACAACGCUGUCAUGAUGCUCGAAGGAGAACCCAACAGUAACAGUCGCACAGUCUCUCCACUGCUGCGCAACAACAGCAGUGAGAGCUUUGAUCAGAAGCACACUGAUGGAUGGGAUGAUGUCGUCAUUAUGGAUUGUGGCAACAGCAGUGAUCACGACGAAGAUCACAUCAUUCGGAUCGACGAGGACCGCAAGCCACCGCUCAGUCCCUUGUUCUUGGAUAGUGCUACUACUGCUACUAGCAACAACAAGGAGGCAUCCAUAGACGAGUUCCUCGUGGGGAGCAAGAAAGAACGGGAAGCCGAGCUCCAACACAUUUACAACACCGACUUUUGGGUUCCACGUCCCAAAUCAUUGCACGCCAAGGAAGUAUCCUUUGCAUCCGACAUUAGUGACAACAACAGCGGCAGCAGCAAUGCCAAUGUUGUCAUGAAGACCAAGCCACCCAAGACAUUGCAAGCCAAAACUCCCAAACCAGGUCCACCCAUGAGCUACUAUCACUAUACCAAUCACCCCAAUCACACUGCUUGGGAUUGUUGUUUCCACCCGGAUUUGGCAUUGCCAUCGCUCUCCAAUCCGCCCACUCCCACACCAACCUACCGAAGCAUCAAUUCCUUUGAACAAAUCUAUCGCAAACGACUCUAUCGUCUAGAAGAAUCCAUGUACCAGAGUCGAAAGAGUCGGAAAAGCCUCCGCAUGAGCUCGCCGCACGUCACGGAACGAUAUGCAAGACGCAAAAGUGUAUCGCAGGUACUCUACCACAUUGAACGAACGACACACCAAAUCAAUACGUGCUAUCUGGAUCCCAAAUAUGCAGCAGUCCUACUACCACCACCGCCACCACAACAGCAAAGGUCGACGACUUCCCGAAAGAAUCCCACCAAUCCAUCCGGUCCGAAACCGAUGGCAGUGCCGUCCGGCAAUCCAGCAAGGGAAGAGUCCACAAAGUAGGGGGAGCAGCAUUUUAAAAGCUUGUAGCGAACGAACGAACGAACGAACGGAUUCAGGGAUUGACAUGACAAACUGCAGCAGGCAGCGGCAACGGAAACUCCGUACGACGAGGAACGUUGACUGUACUGUAGCCUAUAGACAAAAGCACAUCUUUCAGGCUGGGCCAUGCGGCAUGACGAUACCGUGCGCUACUAUGAUAGCUUCUAUUAGAUAGAUGAAGAAAUAACUCUCGACGAUCUGUCAAUGUGUAGAGCUUGUGCACGAAAUAAGCAUCCGGUCUUCCAUAAUCAAUCGUCUUUUGUCAUCAGGAGAACUCUACGGGAACGAGUUUAGCGAAUUGCCAACGGCAUCCCAGCAAGUUUUGCCCGUUCCUUUGUCAAUGCCAUCCUUUUCCUUCCCGAUCUUGAAUGGGUCGUUUCAGGUUCCCACAUUAUUUACUCUCUAGCUAGAGAUGCCUU